CGGUCGCCACUCCAAGAGUCAGUCAAGUUGAUUCAGUCAUGUUGAGCGGUUCGUUUGUCUUGUAGCUCGCGUUUUCGACUUCUAAAUUCCUUUAGUAAAAGCCUUCUGGGGACAAUUUGCAUUAUAAAACUGUGCUAUUGUGGACUAUUUUUUGUAUUGAACAUCCUGUGAGGUUUUGCAUUAAAGUGUUUCAACUCAACAGAAUAUUCGUGCUUAGAAAGUGUUGAUUGGAAAGGCCAAAGGAAAAAAAAUCAAUUUCCACUUGUUCGUGAAGCUACAAAAUUUGAACUCUUUCCAAGAAGUGAAUGGGAAUGAAGAAUAAGGGAUUACUACCAUCGAGGGAACACUGUAUUCUCCAUUUUUAUUGUGUACCGAUAAAAAUCUGCGCAGAAUUCGGAUCGAGAAAUUACCAAGUGACACCGAAAUUUACAACAAUAAGUGAAUUGGGUGAAAAUGUUGGAGGAACUCGUUGGGGGGUAUUGAAUUGAGUGGCAUAGGUGAUGUGAAUUCCUUGAAAUAGGUGUGUUUCCAAUAAGUGAUUGGAGAAAAGGAGUUAAGUCAAUUUACCGAAGAUCUGAGAGAGAUCACCCUCAAUUAAAAGUCUUCGGCAGGCGUGUGCUUCCUGGUACAAUAAAAGUGGAUAUAAACAUCGACUUUUCCAUCUCACCGAUUCUCCGUUAAGUGGGAUGUUGUUUUAUUCUCUGGACUAUAAAAUUAAAAUAGGUACCUUCAGCUUCUUUUAGUGCCCUUUUUUUUAUGGAAUAACACUGCAUCUCAGCGGCAAAUUGUGAACAUGAUUUUGCCCCCUUUUCACAGUGUCAAUUAGCGACAUGAAGAAAAUAGACUGAUUAUCUCAAGUGUGGUGAAUAUUAGUUUCAUAAUAAUUUUCUGAGAGUGUGAGGGAACGGUAGGAAAAAGUGAAUUGUGUGCAGAAAAGAGGAGUUUGUGGAAUAAAUUUUCUCUUUUGUGAUUUACUAGAACACUUAGCAAGAGAUCUUUUUUUUCCUCUUUGAACUUGAUAAUUUCCUUCUAUGUUGGUGCAUAAUAUGUUGAGUCGCGCGCCAAAAAACGGUACCACCUAUUAAAAUACCAUCAUAAUCGUCCAUCCACCACUGAGGAUAGGUGAUCCAAAGCAUAUGCAUUUGUCGUCUUUUCAACCGAUAAAAUACAAUUACGCGACAGUGACCCAAUUUGGUGGCUGUUGAUUUUGCCUCAAAGAACAUUUUCCAUCCUAUGGAGAGUGCUAAUCAACACGGGGCGUGCUACACAGUUAGGUUGGCAUCAUACAACACACAUUUAUUCAUCAGAUGCUCAUAGUUGAAGACCUGAACAGAGCAAAAAUUCCCGCUUCGAUCCACGAGAGAGAGACGCGGCAUACAAAACAGCGGCACCAAGCAGUUAGUCCACGGACGUGACGGUAUCUGCAAGUAUCAACAUUAAAUAUUUUUCAUACAAACUUGCACAUACAACCCGUAGUAAAUGACCAGAAGGGAAAUUGGGGGUAUCUGGCUGUAGGAUCAGAACAAUUGGUGGAGACAAUUGAGGCUUUGAGAGUUUUGAAAGCAAACAUUCCGAUGUUGCUCUUUGAGGAAAAUCAGUCACAGGUACCCAUCGGAAGUAGUACAAUGACUUCAAAUGCAAAUCACGAAGAUCACGAUGAGGUGGAUUUUGUUGUGCGAUCAUCAUAUGGCAGUGGAGAAAAGAAAUCACCCGAUUUGAUAAGUCAUAGCAAUGGCCUUCCGCACUUGAUCAAGGAGAUCACAGCCAAGGAGAUAAGGGAGAAGCAGAAGAAGAAGGCCCAAAAUGAGAAGAAUUCGAUCAAGUCACCGCUUGAGCGGUUACCGAUCUUCAAGAAUCACCUGAGAAAGGGCACAGAGAUAGCCCAGAAGGAGAGUGUUAGACCAAAGUUGAAUAAGAAUGGAACCUCAAUUGCAGCUCGUUUGCUCGGCAAUACCUACAAUACAGCAACAUCAACCACGAAGAAGCGAUCGUCAUUGAAGCGAUCGCAACCAGUCUCAAGGACAACAAAUACCGAACGCUUUCACAAAUGCGUAGAUAUUGGGGGUUUUCAAGAGGAUCAUCUGCAAACCAUUGCUGGACAUGCAGACCGAGACAUCAGUGCACGGGCUCUGAGGUCCUUGACCAAGGGUUUGGGCAAACUCCUGAGACGACGAACUGACAGUGUCAACAUUAGCACUCCCGAUCCUGAGUACAAAGUCUCCUAUCUCGGCAAUGUGCUGACAGGCUGGGCGAAAGGAGAAGGUUGUGUGGAGAAACCUAUGUCGACUCUAUGGCGAAACUAUGUUCAGCACUACAAGCCAGAGGUUGUUAUGAGGAUCAAGGUGUCCUCUUCAGGUCUUAAGGCAACUACCAAACAGCAUGGUCUUACAGAAUACUGGAGUCACAGGAUAACUCACUGUGCAGCUCCUGAGAAUUUCCCCAGAGUCUUCUGCUGGAUCUACCGACAUGAGGGGAGGAAGCUGAAGCACGAACUUCGAUGUCAUGCCGUUCUCUGCUCCAAAGAAUCCAUCGCCAGAGAUAUUUCUGUCACACUACAGAAUAACCUAUUCAAAGCGCUGAAAGAGUUUAGGCAGGACAAGCUUGCACGCCAAAAUGCUCGGCUCAGCCUAGCCAAUUCGGUGUAUGACAAUCCAGUCAUCCCACGGCGGAAAUUGCUACUGAGUGUGGGUGGAAAUAACUACCGACCACCGCUAGAGAGAUCCAAAUCAGCGCCCAAACUGAUGGCUAUUGAGGAGGACAUUGGUGAGGAGGAGGAUGAAAAUGAGACUGUUGAAUCCACAGAAGCGAGAGCAUGCUGUCGGGAAGAUUCUCUGUAUCCGGCAAUGACACUGGGCAGGAGACGAUGCCGACGAGGUCAUUCAAUUCGUCGCACUGGAAGGCGAGGAGUGAGCUUUAAGGCACCAAUCUUGGAGGAGAACAACAAUGACUGCAUGGAGGAGGAGCUGAAUGGGAAGAAGAGUGAGGAGAAGAAGGUGGAUUUCGAUACCAAAAAUAGCUUUAAGACACCCAAUGCCGGAAGUGAUGAGGACUUUGAUAGUUUGCUGGGUAGUGAACCAUUGAUUGGUGAAUUGAUGUCGCUGUUUGAGAUGAAAUUGCGUCCACCGCCAAAGACAAUGAGUCUGUCAGAUCUUCUGGAUACAGACGAAGUCAAAACGUCCAUAUCCCCUGUUACGAUGAACCGAAGCCUGGAUACUCUGGAUAAGUACUCAGACUCUGAAGAUGAGUCGAGUUUCUUCAGUCAAAAUGAUAUCCUGGCAAUGCUGAGGAAGGAGUCAGCGAACAAGAGAGGAAGUAGUCCAGAUCAGCGUUCCACAGAACUGUACGGGCCUCUGCGGCAACGACCAGGAUCGACUCUCAGACUAAAUGAAUCUCUGAGUAAUCACAAACUCACCCCCGUUGCAGCUGGUGACUCGGAUGAGCCGCAUUUGAAUGAGAAGGUGCAGAGGUCUCCAGAAUCGCCACCGGCGAUGCUACGCCUGCCAACGGGCUUAACGCACCUGGACAGCGAUGAGGGAAGCAUCUCAAGUGGCUGUGAAACUGCGAGCACAGUCACAGCCAAUACGGAUGAGAUGACUUCCAAGCAUAACUCCGUCGAAGAUGAUGUGGUGAUCCUUGAGCCCGUCGGCGAGAAGAAUUCCCUGGUGGAACUUCCGCCCUUCAGGCGCAGUGUCACAUUCCCACCUGAUAUGAAAACCCUCGAUAACCUGGACUCUGACUCGGAAUUCAGCGAUGAAUCCGGCUUCAGUGACUUCCAGGAGAACUCCAUCAAGACUCGCAAUAAGGCUAUCAUGGCCUAAGAGUUACCAUCUGUUAGUUUGAUCGAGGAGAUCACCCAGUAAAGAUCAUGAAAUGCGUUUUAGUUGAAAUUUUAAUAGAAUUUGUAUUAUUGAUGUGAUAGUUUUAAUAUGGGAGGAUUCCAUCUAUAGACCAACCCCUGUUAACAACUGUUAUCAUAAUUUAAUGCAUGGGUAAUGUUUCCUGAUAUUCUUAUUAGACUGCAGCACGUUGUUAGUUAAAACAGAAAAUACCUAUACCGUAGAUGUAGUAAUUGCAAAAUUUGACCUUUUUGGUGUAUAAUAGCUAGAAAAAAAAAGAAGCAGUGAGAGGUGAAAAGUUUAGAGAAAUCAUAUUGAAGGGGAAUAAGACCAAAUAAUACACUGAAAAAAUAACUCAAAUUUAAAGCUAAUAUCCAUGUAAGAUUGUUAUUAAAUAAAAUUGUUUUUUUUUUUGGAGGAAAUUACACAACUUAAGUGAAUAAAUAAUUAUAUAGAUAUUUUAUUGUACCUUCAACAAAAUGGAAUCUUGUAUUCAUACAAUAAAUUUUAUGUACCUAA